AUGACACUCUCUACACCAGCGGCACGCAAAGUCCGCGUCGGCCUGAUCGGCUGCGGCGAGAUUUCGCAGGUGGUGCACAUUCCCACUUUGAACUUCCUCUCCGACCUCUUCCAAAUCACCUAUCUCUGUGAUAUCUCUCGCACCUCGCUCACACACUGCAAGGCCAAGGUUAUUGGCCUCGAAGCCCCUGAGACCACAACCGAUCCUGAAGAACUGUGUGCAUCCUCACGAGUCGAUGUUGUCUUUGUCAUUAACAGUGAUGAAUACCACGCCCUCCAUGGAGUCCUCGCCUUGAAGCACAAUAAACAUGUCUUCAUCGAGAAGCCCAUGGCGCUCAAUGACCGCGAUGCCAAUGCGAUCAUUGAGGCCGAAAAGAUGUCCAAGGGUCGCGUCAUGGUGGGAUACAUGAGACGAUUCGCCCCGGCGUUUGAAGACGCGAUUCGCGAGAUCGGCGGAAUAGACAAGAUCCUCUACGCCCGCGUGAGAGAUAUUAUCGGACCCAAUGCCACAUUCGUGGAGCAGUCCGGAACCUUCCCCAAAAAGGCCACGGAUUUCGCUGCGGCAGAUAUAGAGGAUCGGAACGUGCGCGCAGCGGAGAUUGUCUCCCAGGGAAUGCAAAAGGAGGCGGGCGUGAGCAGCUCCGACGUUCUCCCUCGCAUCUGGAGGGCUUUGGGAGGACUCGGAUCACACGAUUUGAGUUUGAUGCGAGAGGCCCUGGGUAUGCCGGUGGGCGUGAUCGGCGCCUAUUUGAAACCGCCGUUUUGGAGUGCGAUUUUCGAAUAUCCAACCUUCUCUGUGACCUACGAGUCUGGCCUGGACUCUGUGCCGCGCUUCGACGCACACAUUGAAGUCUAUAGCGCGACCAAGACCGUUCGCGUCCAGUACGACUCGCCUUAUAUCAAGGGAUUGCCCAUCACCAUGCAUGUGCAGGAGAAAAUCGACGGUGGGUUUAAAGACAGCAUGAUCCGCAGGACAUACGAGGAUCCAUACACGACAGAGAUGAAGGAACUUCACGCAAUGGUGGUGGACGGCAAAGCGAUCAAAACGACGGCCGAGGACGCGAAGAAAGACCUUGUAAUCUUUAGAAUGCUAGUGCGAUCAGCAGCUACCAAUGGAAAAUGA